GCCACUCAUUCAGCCUGUAAAGAGCAGCGCAGGCGGCGCAAAGCCGGUUAAAAGUUCCCUGUGUGCACACAGCGCAGACAACAGACAACUUUCGGUUUGGUCAGGAGGAGCUUCAUCACCUGACUUCAGCUCCAGCUCUCACUUACAGGCUACCUGCACAGGGCUGGAGAAGGCAACAUGUCCCGACCGAACACUGGCUCCCAGAAAGCCAGCAUGACCUCUAAGCCGUUGAGUUCACUGAAAGCAAGAGGACUGAAAGACAUCAGGAUUGAUGAAGAGGUUAAAAUUGCAGUGAACUUGGCUCUCCAGAGGUUCCAGUACAGCGAACAGAAAGAAAUGGAGUUUCCUUCUUCACUAACCAGCACAGAGAGAGCUUUUAUACACCGCCUUGCUCAGUCCUUGGGCUACAUUUCAAAAAGCAGAGGUAAAGGAUCAAAGCGGGUUCUCACUAUACGGAAGAAGGAUGGCUCCGAGGCGGCUCAGUCCAUUAUGACGUUUAACUUCGCUGCUCGCUCCAAGCAUGUGGUGCAAAGCCUGCAGCAGAGGUUUCCAUUCACCAGUAAAGAACUCGCUGAACUGCUUCCACACACUCAGAGGGGAUUGUCUGUUUCAUUAGAAGCUGGCGAUAGCAUGCGAGACAAGAACAGAACCAGCGGCAGGCUGAAUAAUGGUAUUCCUCAAGUGCCUCAGAAGAGAGAACCAUCCGAACUGGAAUGCUUUUGUCAGGCUCUGCCUGUCUUUGAGCGCCAUGAGGAGGUAGUGGCAACCAUCAAGGAAAACCAGGUGGUGCUGGUAGUGGGCGAGACGGGCUCAGGCAAAACCACCCAGAUCCCACAGUUCUUGCUGGACGACUGCUGCAAGAAAGGCAUACCGUGCCGAAUUUUCUGCACACAGCCCAGAAGGUUGGCUGCUAUUGCUGUGGCGGAGCGUGUGGCUACAGAGAGAGGAGAAAGCGUUGGCCAGACUAUUGGCUACCAGAUCCGCCUGGAGAGCAGGGUUUCUCCCAAAACCUUGCUUACGUUCUGCACAAGUGGAGUGCUGCUCAGAACCCUGAUGGCUGGAGAUGCCACCCUCUCCGCUGUCACGCACGUCAUUGUGGACGAAGUCCACGAGCGGGACGGCCUGACGGAUUUUCUCCUCACCAAGAUGCGGGACUUGCUGCAAAAAAUGCCCUCUCUGAAGCUCAUCCUGUCCAGCGCUGCCUUAGAUGUGGACCUUUUCAUCAGAUACUUUGGCAAAUGCCCUGUCAUUUACAUCAAAGGACGGCCGUUUGAAGUCAAACAGCUCUUUCUGGAGGACAUCUUGCGGACCACAGGCUACAUGAGCAAAGACAUGAUGAAAUAUAAGAAGGAGAUGCAAAAAGAGGAGAGGCAGCAGACGUCUCUUACUGAGUGGUGCGAGGUAAAGGAGGGAGUUUCUCGGCCUGAGUCUCAGAGGGAUAAGCUGCCUACCUGCAUCCUACAGGAGAACGACCUGCUGGAUGAUGGAGGGGAGAGCGUCUUCAGCCACCUGAAUGAGAAGGACGUGGCCUCAUUGGAGCCAUGGCUGCUGAAGGAAAUGGACACUUGCAUCUCGGACAUCUUCCUGGAGCAGGACGCUGAUGCCUUCAUCCAGCUUUUUAACCUCAUUCUGAAUGAGAACAUCAGUGUUGACUACAGGCACAGUGAGACAAGUGCCACUCCUCUGAUGGUGGCUGCAGGAAGAGGCUUCAUCAGCCAGAUGGAGCAGCUCCUCAGCAUCGGAGCCAGCGUGUACAUCAAAGCGUCCAAUGGCUGGACAGCACUUGACUGGGCCAGACACUUUAACCAGACCGAGGCAAUGGAUCUUCUGGAGUCUCAUAUCUCCUCUCUGGAGGCAGGCCAGCUGGACGAGUCGUCGCUGGUGCAGUCGUCUAGUGCUGAGCUGAGUGCUGAGGACCAGGAGCUCCUGAAGGCUUACCACCACAGCUUUGAUGAUGAGAAGGUGGACCUGGAUCUCAUCAUGCAUCUUCUCUACAACAUCUGCCAAAGCUCUGAUGAAGGUGCAGUUUUGAUAUUUUUACCAGGGUAUGAUGAAAUAGUUGGACUGCGAGACCGUCUUCUUUUUGACGACAAGAGAUUCGCAGAACAUCAGCACAGGUAUCAGGUGUUCACACUGCACUCCAACAUGCAGACCUCAGAUCAGAGGAAAGUUUUGAAACCAAGUCCAGAUGGGGUUCGCAAAAUUAUUCUUUCGACAAACAUUGCAGAGACAAGCAUCACAGUCAAUGAUGUUGUCUUUGUCAUUGACUCUGGCAAAGUUAAAGAGAAAGCUUUUGAUGCCCUGAAUCAUGUGACCAUGCUAAAGAUGGUUUGGAUAUCGAAGGCAAGUGCAUUACAGCGUAAAGGAAGAGCUGGGCGCUGCAGGCCGGGCAUCUGUUUCCAUCUGUUCAGCCGUCUGCGGUUCAAUAACAUGCUGGAGCACCAGGUCCCUCAACUGCUACGUAUGCCGCUGCAGGAACUCUGUCUCCACACUAAGCUACUUGCUCCUAUUAACUGCCCUAUUGCUGAAUUCCUGGCUAAAGCUCCAGAGCCACCACACCUGAUGACGGUCAAGAAUGCUGUGCAGAUGCUCAAGACUAUAGAUGCCAUGGAUCCGUGGGAGGACCUGACGGAGUUGGGCUAUCACCUGGCUGACCUCCCCGUGGAGCCGCACCUUGGGAAGAUGGUGCUUUGUGCUGUGGUGCUCAAGUGCCUGGACCCCAUCCUCACCAUCGCCUGCACGCUGGCCUACAGGGACCCUUUCGUGCUGCCUGCUCAGGGCUCACAGAAACGAGCUGCCAUGCUGUGCAGGAAGCGCUUUGCAGCCAACACUUUCAGCGAUCACAUGGCUCUGCUUCGGGCCUUUCAGGCGUGGCAAAAGGCCCGCAGUGACGGCUGGGAGAGAUCCUUCUGUGAGAAAAACUUUCUGUCGCAGGCCACCAUGGAGAUCAUUAUUGGGAUGCGGACCCAACUUCUGGGCCAACUCCGAGCCAUAGGCUUUGUGCGAGCUCGAGGUGGCGGCGAUAUCCGUGACGUCAAUCUGAACUCUGAGAACUGGGCUGUAGUGAAGGCUGCGCUGGUUGCAGGCAUGUACCCCAACCUGACCCACGUAGACAGGGAAAGCCUGACGCUCAUGGGAGCCAAGGAGAAGAAGGUCCGCUUCCACCCAACGUCUGUCCUCAGCCAGCCCCAGUACAAGAAGAUCCCUCCAGCCAAUGCGCAAGCAGCAGCAGUCGAGUCCCUGCCCACUGAUUGGCUAAUCUAUGAUGAGAUGACACGGGCACACAGGAUAGCCAGCGUGCGGUGCUGCACUGUGGUCACUCCGCUCACUGUGGCUGUGUUCGGAGGUUGUGCCAAACUGCCCAGUACUGCCUUCCAGGAGCCUGCCAUGCCAAGAGAUGAUGCUAUGAACGAGAGCAGUGACAGUGAGAUGGAGGAUCGCUCCACAGCUCACCUGGCCCAGGUUAACAUUGACGAGUGGCUUAACUUCAAGUUGGAUCGAGAGAUGGCAGACCUGGUGUUCCAGCUCAGGCAGCGAUGGCAGGGGCUUUUCCUGAGAAGAAUCCGCUCACCUUCUAAGCCGUGGUCUCCUCUGGACGAGGCGACGAUCCGAGCCCUGGUCUCGGUGCUGUCCACUGAGGAGCAGGCAUCAGGCCUGCAGCAGCCCACAGGCGUUGGACAGAGACCCAAACCCAUGUCCUCUGACGAACCCCCACAGCUUUCCUCUUGGAGGAGCACCAACAGCCGCAGGAGCCUCCUGGACACGGAGAGGGGAGAAGAGGCGGCGUGUGCAGACAGGCCUUCAAGACUGUCCCCUGCUCUUUCUCAGUCCAAGAUUUACAGAGAAAAAGGUGCUGCUCACUCCAGGCGUCCCACUGAUGACCAUCUCUCAGUAAAAGCAGAUAGCCCCAGCUUCCACAGCCCCUGUACCAGCCCUUCAUCCACCUCCUCAGGAAAAUUUUCCAAGUCACCAUCCCCGAGAUUCCCUGCGCCUGUCCGUUAUUUCAUCAUGAAGAGCUGUAACCUUAGAAAUAUUGAGCUGUCCCAGCAGAGGGGCAUCUGGUCCACUACGCCCAGCAACGAGCACAAACUCAACCGAGCCUUCCAGGACCACAGCGUGGUCUUUCUCAUCUUCUCCGUGCAGGGCUCCGGACACUUUCAGGGCUAUGCUAGGAUGAGUUCAGAAAUUAGUUCAGAGCGCUGCCAGGACUGGGGGUCCUCUGGGCUGGGAGGGGUCUUCAGGGUCGAAUGGAUCCAUAAAGAGAGUCUCCCCUUCCAGUUCACGUACCAACUACUCAACCCCUGGAACGAAAACAAGAAAGUGCAGAUCAGCAGAGAUGGACAGGAGCUGGAACCACAGGCAGGAGGGCAGCUGCUACAGCUGUGGGAUCGCAUCUCCACCAAACAGCAGCAUGAGUUUUAGACCUACAUGUGGCAUCGACCUGAACAGAUCAGCUCCUAAACUGAUCCGCAUAUGCAAAAGAACAGAGCUUCACUUUGCUUCACAUGGCGGCUCAACCAGAGGUAAACAAUCACGACUGCCAACGAACCCCCGAACGAACGCUCCCGGAGGAUCGGCUUCAUCUUCACCGGCAUCACAGGAGCCGUCAUGAAGCUUCACUGACUGACAGCUGGGCUCAUCACCCGGGAUGAUUUCGAGCCGUAAAAAGGGGCGCAGCCACUUCUUUGGUUCGUGUGUUCGGAUUCUCCGAACUUUCAGGCUCUUAAGCAGACCGUUCUUUGACGCUGCAGCCUCGUUCUCCUGCGGCCACGUUCGCAGUCUCUGAAUAGGGAGCGGUUUGAUGAGUCUCUUCUAAUUUCGGUACAGAAAUAUCAGCCCAAAUGUUUGCGUCUCAGCAGCAUGAAAUCAUGACAAAUGUGGAGUUGGACUGAUUUAAAGGUCACUUGAAUUCCGAUCUGGCCGCUCAGACGGAGUCGCAUCGCCGCAGAUCGGAUACGGAUCAGAUUUCAGUUCCACAUGUGAAAGCGUCUCGAAUCAGAAUUGAACAUGUCAGCUUCAGUCACACAGACACACACACGAGGAAAAAGAUCGGACUUGGGCCACUUUUACUUGCUGUAUGAACAAAGCCUAAACAUGCCACAAUCGGACAUUAUAGUUUUUUGAAGUAGUGACAAUUUAGGAUGUUUGUACAGCUGUUUUGAGGAAAGAAAAAGCAAGCUUUGCAUUUUGCAGUUUGACCCUGAAAGGAUCAGAUGAAGUCAGAAGUGCAACCUCGACGUUGGUUAUGAGGUUAAAUAUGAGGUGAAAUAAAUAAAAUGCAGGCAUUUUAGCACAGCAGCCCAAACAUUCUGCUCUUUCGUGGUACAGUACGUCAUCAAAUACGAGUGAAAUGGAAACAUCUGUCAGUAUCGUGCAUCCCCAAUUUAAAAAGUAAAGCAAAACAAAAGUAACUGUCUCCUUAUAAAGAGUGAAGUCAGUGGUUCACACUCAUUUAUGUGGGUGUUGCGAAUGAAAAAAUAAUUCAAAUGUGUGUAAACUUUCGAUUUGUAAGCUCGAUGGCGGUCUUUAUGGGGUUCGAGUUCCCACCAUGGUUUCAGAAGUGUUUUGUUGUUGAGGAGUCUGCAGUUGUGACCUGGUGUUCCAGAAAAAUCGACAUGUGGUUUGUCACAAAGCUGCCGCUAACAGCAAAAGUUGAGGAAAAUGGUACUGUUGAACAUCCGAACCGGUUCAUCACGGUCCGUCUACCACCAACAUAUAAAAGCAGCAUUACAUGAAGUCGGAUAAGAGCGUCUGCUAAGUUCCGUAAACGUGAACCCAGUUAAAACUGCGUGGGCUGAUACCCGAGUGCUCAUUUUCCAGUGGUGCUUGAAUGUUCUGAUCAGGGUUGACGCUUCAUUCAAAGUAUUUGAGAACCGUGGCAUUAAAGCAGGGAUGUCAAGCUCCGCAGUAAAGGAACCAUAUUAAAAAACCUCCCGAAAUCUGUGGGCCAGAGGACAAAAAUUCAUAUUUUAUUUCAUUUUAAUUAAUAGCGUGCUGUAACCCAACAUGACCAUUGUUUAUUCAAAAUAUGCAAAAAUAGAGACACUUGAAAUAUUCCAGAUUUAAAUGUGUGCAGGAGCUCGGUCUUUUAGACCUGCGUAUUUGACUGGGAUAAACACCUGCCAUCCUUUCUUUACUGCAUGUUCAUUAAGACUUGGGCUCAUUUCUGAGCAUUGGGUGUUUUUAUGUAGGUUGUCCCAUACAUUGUUGUAGGGGUAGGAGAGUCGGAACACAUUAUGUUGCAGUGCAUGCUGGGGGCUGUAGUGAAGCACACUGUGAAAUGGGCUAAUAUUUAUU